GAGCGGCGGCCAGGGGCGGAGCGCGGCGAGCGCUGCUGGGCGCGCCCGGGCUCACGCCCGCUCCCCGCCGGGCCCUCACCGCUCGCCGGCUCCCGGCCCCAGUCCGCCUGCCCGCCCCGCGCAGGGGCCGAGUCGCGAGCCGCGCCUGCGACCCGGCGUCAGGGCGCGCCGGAGAGGACGCGAGGAGCCAUGAGGCGACAGCCGGCGACGGUGGCGGCGCUGCUGCUCGGGCUGCUCUUGGAGUGCACAGAAGCCAAAAAGCAUUGCUGGUAUUUUGAAGGACUCUAUCCAACCUAUUAUAUAUGCCGCUCCUACGAGGACUGCUGUGGCUCCAGGUGCUGCGUGCGGGCCCUCUCCAUACAGAGGCUGUGGUACUUCUGGUUCCUCCUGAUGAUGGGCGUGCUCUUCUGCUGCGGAGCCGGCUUCUUCAUCCGGAGGCGCAUGUACCCCCCACCGCUGAUCGAGGAGCCAGCCUUCAACGUGUCCUACACCAGGCAGCCCCCAAAUCCUGGCCCAGAAGCCCAGCAGCUGUGUGGGUGGGCGCGCCCUCUGCGUGCUGCUUCCCCGGCCAUGCUGGCUUCGCCUUGCCUGGCUGGCUUCGCCUUGCCUGGCUGCCUCCAUCUGGCCGGGGCCCUCAGCUGCUCCCAAGGCUCCAGCCUCCGGCCCCAACUGCCUUUUAGCCUCAACCACAGCCCCUCCAGCGUGGUCACCAAUUUUUUUACCUAAGGGUUCAUGUUCUUGACAAAUACACAGUUUAUCCUCCUCCUCUUCGUUCUUUUUUAUAUUCCAAAUGCCUCUCCAUCUCCAUGUUCAAAUAUUUCAGUCCUGUCCCACCAAUUCCUGGCAGGAUCCGUCAUCGCGGCUAUGAACAUGAAAAUACCAGUUAGAGUGGGUGCAGGUGCUGGCGUUUCUGGUUCUGCAGCGUGGCUGGCCACAUUGCAAACAUAGCCUGGCUGCCUCUCUGCUACAAAGACCACACUCCCGCCCCUCCCUCACCUGCAGCAGGGAGCUGGGGUCUUCCCCUUGACAGGAGCCACGGGCUUGACACAGGCUUGCUGGGUGGGGAAGCCGGUCACGCCUAUCAUAUCAGAAACAGGUGCGUCUCAGGAAACCCCUGUGCACCCAGCACGAUCUGGCAGAGUCAAAGCCCAGAUCCAGGUCACCACUCGCCUCCACUUCAGUCACUCCUCCCACGUAUUUAUGGAACGUCUGCCACAUGCCAGGUGCCUUCUGGGCUGUCAGGGCACCAGGAUGAGUGAUGUUCUGUCCUUAUAUUCAGAAGGCUCAGAAAAUCAUACCACACUGGGCGAGGGCUGCACACCCACAGGCCUGCCUUGUUCCGGGUGCCAGAGGACAGGGGUGCCUGCUCAGCGGGAAGGCAGUGACAGCAAGAGGGGGCUGCCUGGUGAUUCUGAGCUGAGACUAAAAGAUACAUGGGAAUUAGCCAGACCAGAGGCUGGGAGGAGCCUGGCAUGAGGUGGGCACAGGCAUUCCAGGGGACACAGUCUGGGUGGUGAAAGCCCAGGAGACGUCAUCUAGUGAGGGCCCAGGGAGGGCAGGCCAGAUCCGGGCAGUGCGGUUGCUGCUGGGGGAUGGAGACUAGGGCAGCCGGUGAGACUCGAGGCUCUGAAGUGGGCAGGAGCCUCCCAGAGCCGGCCUGGUCCCUUGGGAGAGCUUGCUGUCCCAUGAGUUGGGGUGGGGAGUAUAGGGCGAGCAGGCUGCAGCCUGGGUGGCAGGGACGAGCUCUGCCCCUGCUGCCCUGCGUUGAGGCCCCUGCCCACAGCUGGAGGAGCAGCUGGCCUAGAGGAGACAGAGCGGGGAAGCCAGGGCAUGGCUGGAGAGGAGAGAGCAGAGACCUAUGUGCCCUGGGUAUAGGCUGACUUUAAUGACGCAAAGACCUUGGUGAAACAGCACUGUCAGGAGUCAGGCCUCUGGGCCCCUGGCCUCUGUCCUUCCUGGGCCACCCUCUCUGCCUGCCGCCUCUCCCUCUCCCUGCAUUUCCACCUAUCCCUCUGCGGCCCGCCGGACUCUCCUGCAUCCCCAGGAAAGAUUGGCUCAGCCCCUCCAACAUGCCACUGGCCAGUCAGGUGGGCUGGAGAGCUGGCAGGUCCUGCUAAGAAUGCAGGCUGCCUGGCCAGCCCCUUGGCACCCGCAGGGCUGGGCCAGCUCACUGAGAAGGGGUGGUCUCCGUUACCAUCACACUGUGCCCUCCCAGUCUUUGCUGAGUCUGUAGCUCCCUUUCAGACCAUGCAAGACUCCCAGUGAGGGAGUGAUGAUGGCAUUAGGAGUAAAACGACCCCAGCACUGUCCAGACAGGUGACCAGCCGAGGGUGCGAGUGCAGCCCGUCUAGGGUGCUGGCUGACGGUGCUCCACCCAGGGGCCAUGACACCCCCAGUCUGUGGCUCUCCCAGCUCACCCUUGCCUGAACUCCUUCCUCCACUUCACCUGUAUGAGAGACACGUGUUACCGUAGGGAGAGUCUGACUCUCUGGUUCAUGGCUGGGUUCAAGUCCUGAUGCUGCUGUAGUGGCGGUGUGACCUUGGUGAGGCACUCUCUCUUGCAGAGCCUCUGUCCUCCUGCCUCACCCCCAUCCUGCGCCGUUCCCCGCCUUGCACACAGGCCCAGGCUGGCCUGAUGGACACUGGUGACAUGAGGGGCAGCCUUGGGGCUGUUGUGGUUUUAGUCACCUCUCCUGACUCUUUCUACCUCAUCUUCUGGAGAAAGUCUUCCUGCAACCCCAGCCUCUUCCUAAGUCCUCUGCGUAUUUUGUUUAACUGAACCGUCGACCACAAACCAGAACGGAAGGGCUCCUCCCAGGGCACACCCCGUGUGGGGGGAGGGGCGGUGGAGUCCCCCUGCUCCUGGCUGUCACCCCUGUGCAGAUUGUCCCCACUGAAUCCUGCACCAGUGGGCCUGUCACUCCUCGUCACUAUUCUGGCUCCCAGCUGUGACCGUCACGCACUGCUCCUUUUGUCCUUGAGGCUUUUGGAAUCGCCAGUUGGAACCAGCAAACCAAUCACCUGGACCCGCUUCCACUGGCAGUGGAGGCUGCCAGCCAUGUGUACCCCGCCCCUCUGCCGAACCCCGUGGGGGUCGAGUCCCCUGCUGUGGCUCUCAGGGUCACACCCCGCAUGGCUCUGCCCACUCCGUCCACUGUCCCCCAUCUUCCAGCUCGUUAGUGGGUUCCCAGUGCUGCAUCAGAGGCCCCUGCCCUCCCUGAGCUGUGCUCCCCGAAAGUCCUCUCUGUCUUGGGUGUCUCUCCCCACCCCUGCUCAUAUUCACAAGCAUUUCCAUCCUUACAAAGACACCUUCCCUUGCCCUGUGUGCCUUCCAGCUGCCACCUGCCCCCUCCUCCUGCCACCUGCCCCCUCCUCUGUCUUCACUUCCAGCCCGGACCGUUUGUCCCCACUGCAGCAGGGACCUGUGUCCACCAUGGUGUGAAAUUGCAGACGAGGAACACGGGAAAUCCAAGGCCACAGCUGCUGGAAAUGGCCAUGCCUAUUUUGACCUCUCUUCAGCCAGGGAGAGGACAUCACUUCUUCCUGAAAAUUCUCCCACCCCUUGCUGCCCUGGCUUCCGGCGCACCGCCUCCUGCCACGUCUUCCUGUGGCCUGUGCGUCCUUGUUAUUGGCCUUAGGUGCUCCCUGCUCCCCUCCAGGCCUCGCGUGCUGCUCCUCCCUGAUGCCUUCCCCUCGGCACGCCCACGUUUCUACCACUGCCUUCUAGAGGAGGCUCCAGAGCUGCCUUCACGUCUCCAGCCCAGCAUGGACUUUACCGUCUGCCCCGCCCUUGUCUGGUAUUCCGCUGCCUGUCGGGAGGCCCUUACUGAGACCGGAGGCCAGGACCUUUUCCUCUCAGCCCUUGUCUCCAUCCCCACGCCCCCCACCCAGUCAGUCCCAGGCCAGUCACUGCUGACAGCCUCAGUGCUUCAUUCCCUCUGCUCCAUUUUCUCUCUGAUAUUCAGAGGCCUUCGUUGUGUCUUGCCUAGGCUGUUGCGAUGCGAUGGCCUCUUUUUAAAAAUCCUUGGCUUUUUAAUUGUAUAAUGUAUAGCAGGAUCCAGAUCUAAAUAAAACAUAAUAUCUGCCCUUGGAAAACUCAUGGUAAUGGCAGUAGAUCGACUUCUAAACAGAACAUGCCUCAGGCGGUGGGUGAGAGCAGACAGGUGGCGUCUGCGGGACGCGCAGGUGCAGGGCGGGGCGGUGUCUGUGCCGAGUGCCCCCCUGGCAGGUGAGAGCGCUCGGUGAGGGACAGUGCGGGUCAGGCCUGUGCUUCUAUUCCACAUUCUCUCCUUCAGCACAUGCCCAGAUUUUCACGGUCUGACUUAUGUGGGCUUUGGAGGUUUGGAACAUGUUGUGCACCUUGAUGGGCAUGUUUCUAGAGUCAGAACUUUAUCAAACUGUGUCAGGGGGAGAUUUGCAA